AUACUAGCUGUGAACGAAGAAUUUGUGGCACGAGAUAAUACUCUUGAACUAUCAGAGAAAGACAAAAUUGCAGUAAUUCCACCACUCAGCGGAGGAUAAUCUUUACGAUAUGGAGGCACCAAAGAAUUUUAUCAAAUUGCAACAAGAAGAAUUGAAUAUUACCGAUAUCAUCCAUCUGGUAACAUUCCCAAAUUGUGGAGCAGUGUCUAAUUUUAUUGGAAUUACCCGAGAUAAUUUUGAAAACAAAAAGGUGAUCAAGUUAGAAUAUGAAGCUUAUGAAGAAAUGGCCUUAAAAGAGAUGAAUAAUAUUUGCACCAAAAUUCGUUUGCAAUGGGAUGUAGAAGGCAUUGCUAUGUAUCAUCGUAUCGGAGAAGUACCAAUAUCUAAAGCGAGUGUUGUAAUAGCCAUCUCCUCUCCUCACAGGGAGGAAUCAUUAAAAGCAGUUGAAUAUGCUAUUAAUACGUUGAAAGCAUCGGUACCUAUUUGGAAGGAAGAAAUAUAUGAAACUGGGGAGCCACAGUGGAAGCAGAAUAAAGAGUGUACAUGGGGAAAUAUAAGCAAUAGCGUGUCAGAAAUGGACAAUAACGUAUCAAACGUGAAGAAUGUAAGCAGUAAUAUAUCAAAGGUGGGAGACGUUAUUAAGCCUACAACUCUGAAGAAGCAUAAUGUUCAGGCAACUAUAAAUGUAGAUGAGGAAAUACCAGAUAAGAUUGUUAUCGAUCCUAAUCAAGUACAAAUUCGAGCGAACGCCGAAGAAUUAAAUCAUAGGAUAGAAUCAUUCAUUGAAAAAAAACGUCGGCAAGCAAAUAUCGGGAAUGUGCGAGAGUUUUGCUGCCGCAGUGAACAGAAUGAAGAUAAUCAAAACUCUUGUGCUAGAGUAGAUGCCAUUCUUAUGCAUCGUAAUGACUCUAAAAGUCAUAUGAAAGUUCACAGGGUAUUCAAUAUAUGGGGACCUCAGACGGUUGAUCAAUCAAUUUUACGUAGAACAACCAUAAGUAGUACAAGUUCCAAUACUGCGAACCCUUUUCCUAUAUUGAACGAGAGAUUUUCAGUGACAGAACGUAUAUUAGGAAUUAACAAACCGGUGCCCAAAGAUAUUUACGAAAGGUUGAAAAUUAUUGAAGAUAAAAUAUUAUACUUAGAAGGAAUAUCGCCAGAAUACAAGGAAUUUUGGGCAGGAAAGGAUAUCGAUAUCUUGAAGGGCAAUUUAAAACCCGUUCAAAAAAGGACGUACUCUACGGCAGAACUUGAUUCUAAAUUACACGAAUUGGAAAGAAAAUACAACGAACGGAUAAAAUAGUGAUACUCUUUGGUAAUUGUAUCGUGUGAUUCGCGCUGAUAAUUUCAAUAACUAAGA